AAUUUGAGAAUAGAUUUGAAAAAAUUUAGUAAUAAAAAAAAUCAAAAUCGUGACAAAAGAUAAGUUCAACAGCAAUUUCAAAUGGAAAGUUAUUCAAUUUAAAUUUUGCUUGAAAAUAGUAUUGUGUAGAUCCAGCGGUUACGUAUUUCUUGUUUUAUUAAAAUCCUUUGCUGCAAAUUAAAAUUCAACAGUAUCAGUUCCUGAUAUAAUAAAAAUGAUUUAUUUCAAUAUAAAUAAAUGGACUUUCGCGAUUUUUAUCGUGCUCUUUAUUUCGAAUAAAGUAACAGGUGAUUUUUGUUCAAUAAAUGUAACGAAUUUUAAUGGAUCGGCAAAGCAGUUAGAAAUUGCGGGCAUUUUUAAAUAUGUAACUUUCAGUUGCGAGAAAAAUUACACACUGAUUGGUCCAGAUAAUAGUAUGUGUAAUGGUAAUCAAACCGUUAGCGUCGCAGAUAGAUUUUGUAAAUUAACAACAACAUUCAACUGUGCCCCGUUUGACUAUAAAAAUGCAAGCGUUACAUUUUAUUAUAAUGGUGAUUUUGCUCUAAUAACCUGCAAACCAGGUUAUUACUAUAACAAAACAAAUGAAUUAGGGAAGGUUGAUGAAUCAAGCAACACUUUUCAACUAAAUUGCGUUGAUGGAAAUUGGAGUGGAGAUUUUAAUUCUUGUCAACGUAUAUCUCCUAAACAUGCGCCAUUCAAAAUUGCUAACGGAAAACUUGAAAAUUUUGGUAUUAACGAGGUAAUAGUAAAAUGUAAUCCAAAUUACGUUCUUAAAGGAAUUCUUUCUUACUUCUACAUCUCUGAUAAAACUUGGUAUCCCAAUCAAAAUUCUACUUGUGAAUUAAAGGAGAAUUAAGUAUCAAUUACAUUAAUUGAUAUCAUCACUAAACGCAUAUAUAUUUAAAAUUUAAAAAUCUUAUAAAAUAUUAGUCAUUUGUAUUGUUUAGUGAAAAAGAAAAGUGUACACAACACAAUUAUUGUAAAUUGUAUUCAAUAAAUGAUCAUAUAUUAAAACAGUA